UGGUGGGGGCGGGGAAGGACGUACCCGGGCGUAGGGCCUCGCGUGCGGGACGGCGGGGCGGCGGCGGGGCGCGGCGGGGCCGUUAUUUAGGGCUCGCGGCGAGGCGCCCGGAGGCGGUACCGCAUGGCAGGAAUUCCAUCCAGCAUGUUUUCUGGGUGGAACUGGGCAGUCUAUUGCUUGUAUCUGUUUUUGAAUAUUUGUUCCUUUGAAGUUUCAGGUGGACUUGUACAGUCAUGUGGUCACAUCAUUCCGGAGUCUCCGGUGUUGGCCCUGGGUUCCAAUUUCACAGCCUUGUGUAUUCUGAAUGAGAGUUGCCUUGACUUUGGCAAUAUAUAUGCUAGUCAAAUUAUAUGGAAAAUGAAAAAUAAAGUGGUACCUAAGGAACAGUACCGUGAAAUAAACAGAACUGUUUCUAGUGUCACAUUUAAUGACACUUCUUCACUAGCUUCUCCUCUGACAUGCAACGUUUUAGCAGAUGGACAGAUUGAGCAAAAUAUUUAUGGAAUUUCAGUUACAGUGGGCUUGCCCCCAGAGAAGCCUGAAAACUUAAGCUGUAUUGUGAAUCAGGUGUCAAAACUCACAUAUCCUAUGAAAUGCACCUGGAACCCUGGAAGGCCUACAUUCCUGGACACACAUUUUAGGUUGAAAUACAGGUGGUCACGAGAAAGCUUUCCUGACUGCAUACCGAGAUAUUUAAAUAAUUCCUGUACCAUUUCUGAUGUCCAGUUCUUUGUUAACCUGGAGGUCUGGGUCGAAGCAGCAAAUGCUCUUGGGAAGGCUGAAUCUGAUCGUCUUGUUUUUGAUCCCAUUGAGAUUGUCAAACCACUGCCUCCACACAAUCUAUCGGUCAACUCAGGAAUACUGCCUACUGUUCUGAAGCUUUCCUGGGAGAACCGGAUUUCAGCAGCUGUGAUGAAACUGAAAUUCAAUAUUCGCUACAGGAUCAGUAGUGAUACAAACUGGAUGCAGGUUCCUCCUGAAGAUACAGCUUCACCAAGAACUUCAUUCAGCAUUCAAGGCCUCAGACCAUACACAGAGUAUGUCUUUUCAAUUCGAUGUAUGAAGGAAGAUGGAGUAGGCUUUUGGAGUGACUGGAGUGAAGAAAAAAUUGGGGUCACAACUGAAGAUAAACCAUCUAGAGGGCCAGCCAUAUGGAGGACCAUUGAUGCAUCUCCCUCACCGUCUUUUUGGACUGUACGACUGAUGUGGAAGGCACUAGAGCCAUAUGAAGCCAAUGGAGUAAUCUUGCUGUAUGAAGUAACUGUCAGAGCUAAACCACCCCUCUCCCAUCCACCAUGGAGGUACAACGUUACUACCACCAGCCUUACAUUAAAGCUGCCAAAUGGAACUUAUGAAGUGACUUUGAUUGCCCAUAACAGAGUUGGGGCAUCCCCUCCAUCAGUUCUACUUAUUCCAUCAAGUAACUCAAAAGCUCCUGUGAAGAAUAUUAGAACACUACCUAAAGAUGGCAAAUUGUGGGUAGGAUGGGCUGCUCCUAAUAAUGUUCUUAAAUACGUGAUUGAAUGGUGUCUGAUGUCCAACAGCUCAGACUGCAUCACAGAGUGGCAAAUAGAACCAGGAAGCAUUCAAGGAACAUACUUAAAAGGUGACAUUAAACCAUUCAAGUGUUACUUGAUAACUGUGUACCCUCUGUAUGCUGAUGGCCAGGGAAGUGGACAGUCUGUGAAGGCUUACCUUCAGCAGGACCGUCCUUCAAAAGGACCAACUGUUCAGACAAAAAAAGUAGGAAAAGCUGAAGCUGUUUUGACAUGGAACCAUCUCACAGUAGAUGAGCAAAAUGGAUUCAUCAGAAGUUACACAAUAUUGUACAAAACUGUCGAUGGAAAUGAAACAGCCGUGUCAGUGGAUCCAUCCAAGACAGAGUAUACGCUCUCUUCUCUAGCCAGUGACACACUGUAUACUGUACGGAUGAUGGCAUACACAGAUGAAGGAGGCAGGAGUGGUCCUGAUUUUACUUUUACCACACAGAAGUUUGGGAGGGGAGAAAUUGAAGCCAUAGUUGUACCAGUGUGUCUGGCGUUCCUGUUGAUUGUACUCCUUGGAGUUUUGUUUUGCUUCAACAAACGUGACUUAAUUAAAAAGCAUAUCUGGCCUAAUGUCCCUGAUCCAUCCAAGAGUAACAUCGCUCAGUGGUCCCCUCAAGUUCCAGCCAAGCACAACUUUAGUUCUAAAGAUCAGAUGUACCCAGAAGGCAGUUUUACAGAUGUGAGCGUCGUAGAAAUAGAAGCUGAUGACAAGAAGUCUUUUUCAGAACAAGAUCUAAAACCUUUUGAUUUGCUCAAAAAGGAAAAAAGUACUUCGGAAGGGCACAGCAGUGGUAUUGGAGGAUCCUCGUGCAUGUCUUCUCCUAGGCAAAGCGUCUCUGAUAGUGAUGAAGGCGAAACUACACAAAACACUUCAAGCACUGUGCAGUAUUCAACUGUAGUACUUAAUGGCUACAGAGAUCAAACACCUGUACAAGUCUUUUCAAGGUCUGAAUCUACUCAGCCUCUGCUAGAUUCAGAAGAGAGAUUAGAGGAUCAUGCUGGAGGGAGUGACAGUAUGACACAAAGGCAGCAUUAUUUCAGACAGAAUUGUGGUCAGGAUGAAACCAAGACAGACAGGCCAUUCUUUGAAAGAGCAAAGCAGAUUAUUGCUGCUAAUGAGGAGGAUCUCGCUGGGUUUGCACAACUGCAGAUCUCAGGUCAGAGUCCACAGCCUCUAGGCUUUGAGCUGGAAGAAAGUACCCAGGAAGCUGCUCUGCCAGAUGUUUUACAGACAAGUACUGAAGGACAAACUGUGAGGCCUGAAACAGUGGAGGGAAACGAACCAUCAGUUGAUGAAAUGCCAAAAAGUUACCUCCCGCAGACUGUGAGACAAGGGGGUUAUGUGCCUCAGUGAGAGAAGAGACUGGCUGUAUUAGGCCUUCGUUAGUGCCUGUUCACAUUUUUUUUCCUGUGUUUCUGAUAAAUUAAGCUAGGUAUUUUUAUCUGAAUGCAGAUAGAAAUAUUGGGAUUAGAAGAAUAAUUUGACAAAGAACAAUAAGGACUAUGUUUCCGUGGAAAAUCUGCAGUCCAGACCUACUGGAGACUCACUUUUAUGCACUACAUGAAAUCACAAUUGUCUAAAAAGCUGAACAAGCCUCUGUGCUACCUUGCUUUUUGUCUUGUCUUAUCAGAUUUGCACGACUGAAAACAGCAAGUUUCAAUUAAUCACAUUGGCCAACAGACCUCCGAGAAGAAAAUACUUUGAUUUGUGACAGUGUACAAGCCUAAAAAGCCAGCUUCAGUUGCUUGGAGCAUCUCUGUGCAAAAACGAGACUGAAGUUCAGUAUUCUACAGUGUAAAGAUACUGUACCAAACACUUUUCAAUAGCUUGACCAACCUUCUGAAUUUUGACUUGGCCCAGUGUCACAGUUUCAGACUUACCAAACUCAGUAUGCAAACCAUGAAUCCCCCUUUAAAACCUACAUAGAAGUUGUGAUGGUGUGCAGGUAAAAUGCUAUGAUUGCUUGACUCUGAGUGCUACUAUAGUCACUGAUACUCUCUCUAUAUUUAGAUAUGCUUGCACAUGAAGUAUAUAAUAAUUUGGCCUAAAAGUGUGCCUUGCUUCUGGAUGCACAGCAGUUCAGUCUUUGUGUUUAAUUGUUAAAUUCAGAUGAAAACACAGAUGAGGAAUUAGUCAAAGAUUUUUGAUCCCCAGUCACUUCCUGGUCAUACUGCAUCUCUCCUGUCACGUUAAUUGCCUUUGUGUUAUAUGUGCCCCUUUCGCAGUGUGCUGCUUGAGGGGUAGAUAACGGGCUGACAGAUUUCAUGGUCCUUAUAACUGCCCAGGAGAUGGGGAAUAGGAUCUUUUUCCUGAUUGACUAUGAAGAUUAAUAUACAGGACUUGCUUGAUACAGACCACAGCAAAAACCAAAGUGCUCUAGUCACUGAAGUGCUCAGGGAAAAAGAAAAGCAACUACCCUGAAACUGACAGUUACUGACAACAGGAAUCUCUUAUCCAGCAUAAGCCACAGAUAAUAUUAGUGGCUGCUAACAUUCCUCACAUCUCAGUUCAGCCCUAUUCAGAUGGUCUGUGUUUUAUUAAAGGUACAUACAAUUGCAUUAAUAUAAGCCUCUUCCCUAAUGAUGACAUUUUAUGACACUCGUGGAGAUGUUUUUCUUAACUUAGUCUAGUCAGCUUUUCUAACUUGACACUAAUAACCUUCAUUCAAAACACUACACACUGUUCUGUGAGAAUGAAAUGAGAGUUUUAAUUCUCCUUCAGCAAAAGGGAGACCUCCAGAACCUUCCAGUGCUGUGAUGCGUGGUGCUCCUGUCCUGCAGAGCAGUCGCUAAAGGCCUUUGAAACACAGGUGGAAGCAUGAUGUGAUGUUCUCCUCUUACACUUCUGUUUGGAAGAAACUCAAUGCUGGGGUGAAUUCAGAGUGUUGCUGUUUGGACUCCUCAGAAUGGAGUUCUUAAGCUUCAGUAACAUUUUAUGCAAUAUUCUGCAGUUCCUUUCUGCUUACAGUAUUUUUCAUGUCUGGGCACUUUUUUUUACAUGUGAUGUUGCAGGUUACUGUAGCUGUACUUCAGAACAGACCACCUUCCUUCCUCCCUCUGCCACCUCAGCACAUUCAACCUCUGCCUGUAGAGAGCAAGGCAUAAUGAAGGCUGUGCAGUCACAAGGCAGAGGAAGACGUGUCUGGUUUAUCAAAGGCUGAAGGAGCGCUCUGUUGUCAGAACAGAUUCCUCUUGGAAAGUGGCAGCAGUGAGUUUGUGCAGGGAUUGGAAAGCAGUUUGUACAGGGAUAGGUGCGUCUUCUUUAAUCAGACUUCAUAGUGGCUGUGGAUACCAGGAGUGAAAGGGAAAGUCAGUGUGCGUGCUCACUCAAACUGCCCUACAGCCACAUGCUGCCUAAUUCACCCUCUGCUGACCUCUGAAAUGUUUUGGGCUGCCAUUUUUGUGGCCUCAGUCUGGCUGCUUGGCUUGAACAUUGCUUUAACGAAUGUUGCUUUAACCAUGCUAUCUUCUGUCUGUGAUCCAGCAGUACUAACUUUUGGUAACAUAUGUCAUAUCUCAGAGACCACUUCAGCUGUUCCUAAAGUUAUCAUUCUCUUUCUGUCAUGUAGAGGGACAGCAUUUCGUUCUCAGUUGCUGUUAACCAUGAACCAUUUCCAAAGUAAGUUAAACCUUGAAGCGAUUCCCUCUUUUUGGGAGGUCAGUGCUAACGAGAGCUCUAGUCUGUCCCUUCUGGACUCCUAUUUCAUUACUGUUCAUGGGUCUGUGGUAAUGAACGCACACAGCUGUACUGGAGAACAUCAUGAUGUGGGUUGUGCAUGGCAAAUUUACUGUCUUUCUGUCUUUUGCAUCUGGGGAUAAAAUAGUGGAGACAAAGCAGGAGGUGCUUUGUGCCUACAGAAGGCACAGAAAGCUGGGGUAAGAGGUUUGCUCACAGCUUCAUUAACCUCUGUGCCAGAGUGCUGCGCUGUGCAGUCUGUGGGCUUAACUUGGUUUUGUAUUAGUAUACAUUACAGCAAGAGUUGUAUCUGAGAGUUACAGGUGGGUUUCCGAGCCUAUGUAAUACAUUUUAGCAAGCCACUGAAAUUCUCUUAAUUUGGCCUGAAUGUGAGAACUAAAGGAAAAGCUUUUAUUUUUAUGUUUUCUUCCAAUAGCUGUGGUGCACUUUACAAAAUAAAGGCAUUAUUAAAAUAAAAUCAUACGUUACUAUUGACACUUUAGUGCCCAUCUUGGUUUCCCAGACUGGAAUUGUUCAAGCAGGGAUGUGAUAAUAGGUGAGGGAAGCACCCUGCCUGUCUUCUGCAGCAGGUGGGGGCAGUGAAUAAGGAUGUGUUUAUCCUGUGUUAUCACACUUGGAGCUGCUUUCAGGCGCAGACUAACCAAACUCCUCCUCUGCCUGCAAGAAAAGUGCUUGUUAUUCCUGUAGUGAUGUUCAGUGUGCUCUGCUAGAACAGGAGGUUGGUGGGGUUGAUGCUGUGGCUGUGUUGGCUUGUUUCCAUGGCACUGAGCAUGGGAAUAUCUUCUGUUGCAGUGAAAAAGGCUGUUUGUGCUUACUGCUGUCAGCUAAACUACCUGCUGAGCCUCAGGCCAACAGGGCAAAGGACAGCAGAGCAGAAAUGUUGCUAAGUGAGUUUAGGAUUGUCUGUGUUAGGCAUGUGCUGAUCAGUCUGACAGCAGCCCAGCAAAGUGAUUCUUUAUCCAGAUUUGCAGGAACUUUGGCCACGUUGCUGGGGCACAGAGCCAAGUGUCCCUUUGGCUGCCCCUUGCUCACAGGGGCUGUUCUGGUUCUCAGCUUAGGAUCUGACUGUAAAUUGUGAGCACCACCAGGUGGCUAAAGCCUAUGUGAGCACACUGAGGGAGUGUGGGAGUGCUGCUGCUUUAACUUAGGUCACAUAUCUAAUUAACGCCAGGUCUUAAGUACCCUGAGACCCACGUCAGUAUAUGCUGCUAUCCUAUUGACUUCAAUAGGAUCUAGAACUCCAGAGCAACCCAGAACUGGUGUAGUCAGCCCCUCCAGGAUGUGUACACAUUCAGCUGUGGUUUAUAUGCAUUAAAAGGGACUAAAUAGACCAGUUUGUCUUCUGUGAGAUGGUUGUUGUGAUUGAGACUAAGAGCUGUUUAGGUACAUUCCUUGAAGUGCAUUAAAAAGCUCCACAGAUGGCUGGAUCCUAAAACUUCCCUAUAAACGCUGAUCCCUUGGAUAGGAUGGAUACGUACAGGCAUUCUGUAUUCCUGUAGCUGCUGUCAGUGAUGUUAUUUGGAAGCAGUUUCUGGUAGCAUAAGUAUCACAUUGCCUGUGGUGGAGCAGCCCGUUGGUGACCACUGCCCUCCGUGCUGCAGGGAGCCCCAUGCAGCAAUAUGGAGGAGGGCAGAAUUCAUCGACUCCUGUUUCUCUUCCCUCAAAGUGAAAGGAUUAGUUAAGAUGAAGCUCGACCGCAUACACCUGCUUUCUCCGUCGUUCCCUUCAUAGCACUUGUGCAAUCUGAGCCAUUCAUAUGACACAGCAGUGCUGACUCUAUGCGCAAGGAUGCACAUCAAGGCCACGGACUUGUUGCAAACUACUCUAAUGACUACGGCCAGAGCGCGGCGGGGCAGGAACCAACAGCAUGCAGUGUGGGGCAGGGCUGCGUGUGCAGGAACAGCCUGGGAGGUGGACGCAGGCAGUGACGACGUGGGUGCACUGCAGGAGCAUGCAGUGGUGAUGGAUGAGAAACGAAUGCAAGGCGCUGCUGACAGUGGAUGGCUGCAGCGCGGCUUCCUCCUUGCCCUGACCUGCACCGACUGCGCUGCGCCUCUGGGACUGCAGCUGUGGAUACACACAGCAGCCGCUCCUCACAGCAAAGCACAUUCGUCCAUGGACCCGCUUGGCUCCGCGCGGCCUCUAACAGACUGUACUGGGCGAUCUGCUCCCACCUGCUGCGUGGGGCAGUGGAUAAGGGUGUACUUUGUCGCCACGUACAUCUCGGUAAGCGUAGUUGUAAGACAUGGGGAUAUUUAACAAGGAAAGUGCCUUGAUGCUGAACUGAACUUAGUGAAUGUAAUGUCAAAUAGAUUUUCUUAUGUACCAUAUGGGGUUAUGGCUGCCUGAGCUACUGCCGAUGUGUAACCGCUGCCAGCUUUAGGUGCAUGCUGUGGCAGCCAGCUGAGCGGGCGCUGUGCUGUCCAUACAAAGUGUUUUCCACAGCACGACGCGACCUUACUUCUUUUGCAAGCUGCAUGUUUAUUGUCAUAGAGACUCUGCUUUCUACAAUUUACUUUUACUGUAACGUCGGAAUGUCUUUGUUACCCAGCUGAGCCUGAACGUUGCAUUUGUCUACUACGUCAUAUUAAAAAGGACAAAACUCGGA